UCAAGCUGAAAAGUGAAAAAUAUAAAAAUAUACACAUAAUGUAACCAUUUAAAAUGCAUCUACCGGUUUUAACUAAAAUAUUAUUUGUGUUUAGUUUUUCUAGUUCGGUUUUCUGUAAAACUGAUAGAAAUAAAAUUUUUGAUUUGGCGUUGAAUGGAGACAACAGUAUUUCAUUACACUGGAUGUUGAAUUAUGCCGAACAAGAUGUGACUUUUGAAUUACAUGUUCCGUCAGGUUUCGGAUGGUUUGCUUUUGGUUUUUCGGAUAGAGGAAAUUCAUAUCCGGCAGAUUAUUGCCUGUUAUGGAAAAAUAUAAAAGGAAAAUUUAAUUUGUUGGAUACUUGGGCUAAUCAAUAUGGAGUCUUGGAAAUUGACAAAAAGCAAGAUUGCAUAAAUUUUAAUGUUAUAACCAGAAAAGGAGUCACCAAAUUUACUUUUAAAAGAAAGUUUGAUACUUGCGAUCCAAAGGAUUAUAUUAUUGAGGAUGGUACUACUCAUAUAGUUUGGGCUAGAGGUUUCGAAAUCGUACCUAGUGCAAAAGGCUUAAAUAUCAGUACUUCCAAACGAGAAAACCAUGGUAUGACCAGAGUGACUUUACUGAAAAAUAUCCAUGCUAAUACAGAGUUGCCCAGUCAUUUAACAACUUUAAAUUUGUUGAAUGAUAAGGUCAAAGUGCCAGCUGAAGAGACGACUUAUUGGUGCAAAGUUUUUAAAUUGCCGGAAAAAUUUACGAAGAAACACCAUAUAUAUCAGUAUGGAGCAAAUAUUCAAAAGUCUAGUGAAGGUUUGGUCCACCACAUGGAAAUGUUCCACUGUGAAACAAAAACUAAUGUAGUAAUUCCUCUGUACAAUGGAAACUGUUUUGCAUCAGAUAGACCCAAGGAAACAAUGGUUUGCAAAAGGGUCCUUGCAGCAUGGGCUAUGGGAGCUUUACCAUUUACUUAUCCAGAGGAGGCAGCUUUACCACUAGGUGGUGUUGAUUUUAAUCCUUACGUUAUGUUGGAAAUUCACUAUAAUAAUCCAGAAUUGAGAUCAGGCUUUGUUGACAGUUCAGGAAUAACAUUCCACGUGUCUGAUGUUCUAAGAGACGUAGAUGCUGGAGUAAUUGAGCUGGGAUUAGAGUAUACUGACAAAAUGGCUAUUCCACCAGGACAAGAAUCAUUUCCAUUGGUUGGUUACUGUAUUAGUUCAUGUACUUCUGUUGGUCUUCCAGCUGAAGGUAUAACAAUAUUUGGAUCUCAAUUACAUACACAUUUAACAGGAGUUAAGGUUUUCACCAGACAUUUUGAUGCUUUUGGAAGAGAAUUGCCAGAAUUGAAUAGAGAUAAUCAUUUUAGUACGCAUUUUCAAGAAAUAAGAAGGCUAAAGCAACCUGUUAAAGUUCUACCAGGGGAUGUCCUUAUAACAAGAUGCGACUACAAUACAAUGGACAGAACAAACGCAACCUUGGGUGGAUUUUCGAUAAGCGAGGAAAUGUGCGUUAACUAUAUCCAUUAUUACCCUCAUACUGCUCUGGAAGUAUGUAAAAGUUCUAUAUCCGAUCAAGCUUUGGACACAUUCUUCCACUAUUUGAAAGAAUGGGAAAAUCAGCCAACAUCUGCUUCAAAUGGUGUGUCAAGUAAUUAUAAUUCUAUUGAGUGGAAUAAAAUGAGGGUACAAUUGUUAGAUGAAGUUUAUCAUGAAGCGCCUUUGAGUAUGCAAUGCAAUAUGUCUAGUGGGGAUAGAUUUCCAGGUUAUUGGGAAAAUGCACCAUUACCUGCUAUUUUAGCACCUCUACCACCUCCAGAAAGAAAUUGUCACGACCAGGAAAACGCUAUUUUUGAUUGAAAUACAAAAAAUAGAAAAUAUAUUUUUAGGGCAGUUAUUUAUUAAUAAAUAAAUAUAUAGUCUG